AUGAAGGCCUUUUUCUCAUCCGGCGGUGCCGCUGCAGUAAUGCUGCUGUUCCUACUGCUGGCUGUCCGGGCGCCACCGGCGGAGUCGGUGAGGUGCCACCCCUUGCACCUGCUCCCGUGCUUCGGUGCCAUCUUCUAUUCGCGGCCGCCGUCGAGCAAGUGCUGUGCCCAGCUGAGGGAGCAGCAACCGUGCUUCUGCCAGUACAAGAGGGAUCCCAUCCUAAUGAGUUACGCCAACUCCCGGAACGGUCGCCGGGUCGCCAGCACGUGCGGCGUCCACAACACCCGUUGCUGA